UCAAUCCACAGCUGGGAGUGAGGGCGACACAGGUGGGAGAGCAACCCCAGCAGAGACCCCACGUGAGUCCAUAGGGACGGACCAUGCUGUGCUCCACCUCACCUCACCUAGCCCUCCUGGCCCUGCUCUCUGUGGCUGGCGCUGUGGGUCCAGGGGAGCCAUGCCCGUCCGAGAUGAACCUGAUCAAGGAUCAACUGCAGGUGAACUGCUCCGGAAAGGGGCUCAGCGUGGUGCCACUUGCCCUGCCCACGAACACCAGCAUCCUGCUGCUCAGCUCCAACCGCCUGGCGUCCGUCUCCACUGCCGCCUUCCAGCACCUCCCUGAGCUGGCUGAGCUGGAUCUGUCAGGCAACGCACUGGGUGCGCUGCACACUGGGCCCCCCCUGCCCUUGCUGCAGGAGCUGGUCCUGUCCCACAAUGCCCUGCGAGUGCUGCCCACACUGCAGGGCCUGCCUGCCCUCACCCGCCUAGUCCUGGCUCACAACAACAUUUCAGGGCUGCUGCCAGGGGCCUUCCGGGAUGUGGGGCAGCUGACGGAGCUGAAUCUACGGGGGAACCAGCUGCGGACACUGCCAGAAGAGGCCUUUGAGGGCCUGGCCAUGUUGAAGGACCUGGAUCUGUCUGAUAACGCCCUGGAGGAGCUGCCACGGGGGCUGUUGACUGGGCUGAAGCUGGAUAAGUUGUGGCUGUCAGGGAACCAGCUCCGCACUCUGCCCAGCAGCUUCUUCCCCGAGGGGCACAUAUUCGCCUAUGUCUACCUAGCAGGGAACCCCUGGCGCUGUGACUGUGGCCUGGCCUAUCUGCGGGGCUGGAUUGAGGACAACGACUUCAGCAUCUACAUCCAGGAGCAGGGGUCAGAUGGGCUGCUGACUGAGAAUGAUCCCCAGAGCCCUGUGUGCGAUGAGCCCCACAGACACCACGGGAGCCCUGUCCUCGAGUUCCAGCAGGCCUGCGGCAAAGCAGGGGACACAGACUUGGAUAUCGAUGGGACAAUGACAGAGGAGGGAACCCCAGUGCCCUCUGCUACUGUCCGCCCCACCACCCUGCCCCCAACUAACCCUGUACCCCCCACUAUUGCCUCCUCCACCACCCUGCCCGCAACCACUCCCCCCCCAACCACUCCUGUGCCCCCCACUAUUGCCCCCUCCACCACCCAGCCCCCAACCACCCCUAUGCCCCCCACUAUUGCCCCCUCCACCACCCAGCUCCCAACCACCCCUGUGCCUUCCACUACUGCCCCCUCCACCACCUUGCCCCCAACCACCACCAUGCCCCCCACUACUGCCCCAGAACUUGCACCGCCACGGCUCCCCAGCACCCCCAUGACUCCCACCACCUCCCUUAUCCCCUCGCCUCCCUUCCAUACCAGCCCUCUCCACAUCACCCCCUGCCACCAGCCACCCCCUCCGAUGGGGGCUCCCCGCCUCUGCACAUGCCCCACCCUACCCCCAGCGAUGCCCAUUGGGCAUCGGCAGGGCAGGGAGGGCCCACAGUGGGGCCACUGGGUGCUAGCCCAUUGCUGCCUGCUGCACCUGGCGCUUUACCUGGCCUCCUUGCUGCUGCUGCUGCUGCCCAUGCUGGCUCUCCUGGGCUGGAUGGGCUGGGUAUAUCUGGGCUGGUAUCGCCCAGCUCUGAGGAGUCCCCCGGGGGCACGGCUGGUGCGGUACCAGCUGCUGAGAAAGGGGGAGGGGACAGCGCCCCCCAUGAUGCAUCUUAGCAGCUUCAGGAGCCCCAUAGAGCCCCCAACCUUCCGCACCACCAAGGAGCUGCGGAUCCACCGUGACCCCCCUGUGCCCUCCUUCCGACGUGUUACCAGGAGGCUGCUGAGUGUGGGGGGGCUGGGCCCCUGGCGGGCUCCCUCCGCCUACAGCCUAGACAGGGGGGAAGCAGCUAUCGGGGCUGUCAGGGUGAAAUAUGCAACCACCACCCUCUAAGGGGGGCAGGACACCUGGGUUCUAUUGCUGGGGCUGGGGAGCAGGGUCCUGGGGGCUAAGGCAGGGGGUGCUGCUCGCCAGGACGCCUGGGUUCUAGUUCCAGUUCUGUUGCUGUGAUCUCACCCACUGUGCACCGGGGACAAGAUUCCUCCCACUGCUGCAGUAGCUGGGAGGCUCCCUUAAUAUAUGUAGAACCCAUAUAUUCUGGCUCCCAGAUGCCCCUCCUGCCUCAGACCAAUGGGCUCUUCUAACCCUGUAGAGCUCCCCCAUGCACACCCCUGCUGCAGAGGCCAGAUCUGGAAUAACUGUCCAGAGGGGCAGUU